AUGCUUCCUCAAGCACUGUUGCUAGUCGCGCUUGUGCCGCUGAGCUCGGCGUUCCUGUUUGACCUCCUCAACCAGUUGGGCCUUGGCGGUGGUGGAGGUAUGGGUGGUGGAGGUAUGGGUGGCGGGUAUUCUGCUCCAGCUGCUCCCAUGUACUCUGCUCCAGCUCCUCCUGCCUACCCUCCUCCGCAACCAAUGUACCCUCCUCCUGCACCGCCCUGUCAAGCACCACAACCACCACCGUACCAUCCACCGGCUCCUCAACCAAUGAAGCCUAUGUAUAAUAUGAUGCCUCAACAAAAUUACCAACCGCCUCAGCAAAUGUAUCACCCUCCACCUAUGCCAAAGUAUCAUCCCCCUCCUCAGCCAAUGUAUCACCCUCCACCCCAGCCAAGGUAUCAACCUCCUCCUAUGCCGAAGUAUCAGCCCCCACCACAGCCACGCUACCCUUCGCCACCACAACCCAUGGGCUACGCUAAGCCACCCCCUCCACCACCUCCACCAUCCGAUGGCUACGUCAGUGGUGGCGGUUACAGACGACACAGGACUAAGAGAUCCGAUAAGCUCAACGAAAUCAGCAGCGACCUCGAGUGCAACAAUUCCAUGCUUAAGAAGAUCAUGAAGAAGGUAAUGACCGACGACGAAGACGAAUCGCGGACGAACAUUAGCGCUGCCAUCCGAGGAGCGGACGGUCAACUGGCCGUGUUCUGCACAUCGGGCCCAUCAAAGUUCACGAUUUCGGCCAAUGUCGAAUUCUGUGCUGUGAAGAACGACAAACUUACUUGCUAUGCUUUCUCAUUCUAG